AUGAUCAGGACCGUCACCUCGGGGUUGUUCCACGCAACGCGGUUCCUCCUCCUGCUGAGCUCUGUCGCGGGCUUGCUGCUGAUGGAAAGCCAGGGAAGUGCCGAGAACGACGAAGAAAAGCUCGACAAAGCAAUCUUAGAGAUGUUACACAUCAAUAAAGUGUCUGCAACCCACCAGGCUAAACCCCAUCCUUACAUGAGGCAGAUCUACCAGCUUCUGGAUGCGCUGGAGGCCAAAGACAGGAGGAACUCGGAUGGGACACUGGUACAGAGUUUUCGGAGUGUCUUCGGUCCAGAUAACGCUCCUCCAGGAUGGAUCUGGUUCAACGUCACCAACCUGAACCCUUCGAUGACGGGCGCGGAGCUGGUCUUGUUCCGGAAAACUCUCCAUCCCCGUCCCCUCGGUGUCACCGUGACCCUGCACAGCCUGACCAGCUCAAAGGGAGCUCUGAAGGAGAGAGCCCCCCUAGAGGAGAGGCUGCUUGCCUUGCACCGGCGACCCUCCUCAGGGUAUGAUGUCUUCAACGUGUCCGCUGCCCUGGCCGUGAAGCCCCUGGAUGUGGUUGGAUUCCAGCUGCGUUACACAGACGAGAGCGGGAGCCUGGUCCUCCACGAGGCCCUGACGCAGAGCCUCUACUGCCUGGGCAGAGGCUCUCUAAGGGAGCCCUUACUGGUGCUUUACCAAUCUCCCCGUGGGUUAUCAUCAUUAUUAUUGUUAUUAUCAUCAUCAUCAUCAUCA